GGAUGCGAGCGAGAACUGGUUCUCUUAUCCUGUGAAACUGUCAUCAUAAAUUCAUAUAUCAGCCUUAGCCAUGUCCUCGCUCUCGCACCUUCUCUUCCCUCCGCAACUACGAACUUCAAUCGCGCCUUCUGGGAUUCUUCUCCCUUAUCGAUAAUAGGUUGAAUCAUGGAGCCUAUGGACAUAAUCGGCAAAUCAAAGGAAGACGCUUCGCUCCCUAAAGUUUUCUGUAAGGCACUGAUUUGAUACCCAGCAAGCCUAUGCAACAAUGACAAAAAUUAUUAAAGAAAUGUUGCCCCCAGAUGUACGUGUAGCAAGAGAUGCCCAAGAUCUAUUGAUCGAGUGUUGUGUAGAGUUUAUAAACCUCAUCUCGUCAGAAUCCAAUGAAGUCUGCAACAGAGAGGAAAAACGGACAAUUGCACCUGAGCAUGUAUUGAAGGCUCUACAGGUUCUUGGAUUUGGUGAGUACAUUGAAGAAGUUUAUGCAGCAUAUGAACAACACAAAAUGGAGACCAUGCAGGACUCUUUAAAGGGUGGUAAAUGGAGCAAUGGAGCUGAGAUGACCGAGGAAGAAGCAUUAGCAGAGCAGCAAAGGAUGUUUGCAGAGGCACGUGCUAGGAUGAACGGUGGAGGCAUUACUUCCAAGCAGCCAGAUACUGACCAAAGUUUAGAUAGCUGACUUUAGGAUCUUUAUGGAAGCAUAGGCAAGCACCCUGAUUCAUGUCUGUGCUUCUAAUAUUGUGUACAAAAACCAUUCACUAGUUUGCUGGCAUAUGUGGAUAUGAGCUCUCCAUUUGUAUUCUAUCGAUGAAUCCAUAUUUGUAAGUCAAUGUAAUUAGUGAGAGAUCAUGAAAUGCCUCCUCCCCAUUUAGCAUUGCAUGUAAUUAUUUAAUUUACAUUUUGUAUCUUCCGUAUACUAACAACUCCUAGCUCAAUUCUGACAAUGGCUACUAAAUUUAUUAGAUUGUAACAAAUUAUCAAAUAUGUAGGAGCAAUGGUGUUUGGUUUA